AUUUAUACAACAACUAAUUUAAUUACACAAAAAGAUGACAUGUCUUCCAUUGAGACUUCACAACUUACUACUUAUUAUGUUCAUUUAACUUCGAUAUUAAUAGUUUACGAUUCAAGCAACAUUAUUUUUAAUGAACUGCAACAACAAUAUCUAGAUGAUGUUCAGCAGGUCUUUGAAAAUCAAUCAAGAUAUGGCAAUACAAUUGGUUUACAAUGGAUUAAUGUAGCAAAUUUUAACGACACUGAUGAAGAUUUAAAUGAACAAAUUCUAGCUGCUGUAGACUUAGUGGCUGUUGAGGGUUUCAUAACAAUACUUGCAAAUACUUCACGAUUUUUACAUGCCCGCUACUAUGCAACACGCUAUACAACUCUACGCCUUAAGGAUAAAAUCUAUUUGUUUUUAUGUGAACCAGGAGAGGAGAAUCCUAAAGAUUUUUUAGCCAACGAGAUACUGCAGUUUUAUCCUCAUCAUUUGAUGGUAAUACCUGAAACCAUAUAUCCUGAAUCUAAUAACAAGAAAAACAACGGACAAAUGCAAAAACCAGAUAUUAAACUAACUACUCUGACUGAAGAAAACUACUACAAAUACCGCGGCAUCAAUUUUGAAUUGUGGACACAACAGUACGGUGGUGCUGAAGGCAAUUUAAAAGCCAUACACCUAGAUACGUACAUUAGUGGUAAUGGAACAUUUGCCAAAAAUAUUCAACUUUAUCCGAAUAAACUUUGGAAUCUACAACAACGUACAUUGAGGAUUGGUUCUUUAACUUAUGUGCCAUACGUAAAAACUUAUUAUGUGCCUUCCGGCCAAGGAGAUGUGGAUUCUAUCAAAUCUAAAGGUCCUCAAAAAACUGUGCAAUUUAUUGGCGUUGAAGCUGAACUGAUGAAAUCUUUUUGCGACAUACGUAACUGUCAUUUAAGAGUGGAACCUUAUACUGCUGACAACUGGGGCAUUAUCUAUGAUAAUGGUUCUACCGAGGGAAUGCUAGGUGAUCUUUAUAAACAAAACACCGAAAUGGCUAUAGGUUGUAUUUACAAUUGGUAUAACGAUAUAACGGAAACUUCAAGAUUUAUAGCAAGAUCUGCGGUAACCAUUUUGGGACCCGGGCCUGCACAAUUUCCACGAUGGCGCACCAAUAUCAUGCCAUUUUCUUAUGGUCUAUGGAUAUUUCUGGUCUUCACAAUGGUUAUGUGCUCUAUAAUGUUUCAUUUCAUCAAAUACACUUCAUAUCGCUUUAAGCAUAUUUAUUCUGCAAGGAAAAAUAAAUACCGCAGUGUUAAGAACUAUGAAAAAACUUUAUUGGAUAUAUUUGCUGUAUUUAUACAACAACCCUCAGCAGAUACGGUUUUGCAUCGUGUGGCUUCACGCAUAUUUUUGGCAUUUCUUUUGUGUGCUACUAUAACAUUGGAAAAUACCUAUAGUGGCCAAUUAAAGUCUAUAUUGACAAUGCCUUUGUUUAAUGAGCCUGUGGAUACCAUGCACAAAUGGUCAUUAACUGGCUGGAAAUGGGCUGCUCCUUCUAUAAUAUGGGUACAUACGGUGGAGAAUUCAGAUUUAGCCAUGGAACAGCGAUUGGCUAAACAAUUCGAGGUUAAAGAUUAUGAAUUUCUAUAUAAUGCCACAUUUUGGGACAACUAUGGCUUUGGUGUUGAGAGAAUUUAUAGUGGUUCAUUUUCUUUUGGGGACUACAUAACAGGAGCAGCUUUAGAAAAUAAAAUUGUACCAAAAGACGAUUUGUAUUUCGAUUGGACUCGUGCUGUUUCUAUUAGAGGUUGGCCGUUGAUGCCUUUACUUGAUCGUCAUAUAUCUUUCUGUUUGGAGACCGGCAUCUACAUACAUUGGGAAAGACAUUUUAGCUACAAGUUUUUGGAUCAUCAAGUGCAGGACAUUUUAAAAAAGCUUGCUUCGGGUUCUAAGCCCAAGUCACCACCUCAAAUGCUAUCAAUUGAGCACAUAUCCGGUCCCCUGUUCAUCUUGCUAUUUGGUUACCUACUGGCAUUUAUUGUUUUAAUGGUAGAGUUAUUCGGACAUCGUUUAAAGAUGAAAUUUUUGGCAGGAGGUCGUUAUUUUAUUAAAUAUAGAUAA